AUGCCAGUUGGGACGCAAGGAACGAUGAAGGGGAUUACAGUCGAGCAGAUGAAAAAUAUGAAUAUUGAAAUUAUUCUGGCAAAUACGUAUCAUCUGGCGCAUCAGCCAGGCACGGAAAUUCUCGACAAAUUUGAAGGCGUCCAUAAGUUCAUGGGCUGGGACAGGAAUAUUUUGACCGAUUCUGGCGGCUUCCAAAUGGUCUCUCUUGUCCAUCUGACUACUCUGACGGAAGAGGGAGUAGAAUUCGCUUAUCCUCACGAUCAAACUAGGAAAUUAAUGAUGACACCAGAAGAAAGCAUGAGAAUUCAAAAAUGCAUCGAUUCCGAUAUUGUUAUGCAACUAGACGACGUGGUUUCCGCUGGAAUUGGCCGUGGCCCGAGAAUUGAAGAAGCUGCGGAAAGAUCUGUUAGUUGUGGCCUUGAUCCAGAACCGAGGAUCAAGUGCUCGGAAGAAAUGACGAGGAGGAAGGCGCCUGGAUUCGCGAUUGGUGGCUUGAGCGGCGGAGAGACGAAGGAUGAGUUUUGGAGAGUUAUUCACAACUCUGCGCCGCUUUUGCCAGUUGAUAAGCCGAAAUAUUGUAUGGGAGUAGGCUAUGCUUUGGACCUGAUCGUUUUGGUCUCGCUUGGAGUAGACAUGUUCGACUGUGUGUACCCAACACGAACAGCGCGAUUUGGCCACGCACUUCUGAUUGAUGGCAAAGAACUUGACAUCAAGCGAGGCGAAUACUCGCUUGACACUCGUGAACAGGGUUUCUGA